AUGAGUAGCUCGAGUUGUAGCAUUCGUGUUUUGGGUUUGCCAGCACUGAUUCCAAAGUAUUCACCAUGUCACUUAAGUCCAGCUGGUGGGUUUCCUUCUAGUAGUGGUGGGUAUAAUAAUACAUGGCUACUACAAUCUUCUUCUAGGAUUACUAGGACCAAGAAGACAAGGAUUAUCAUCACAAAUGUCGAUUCUUCUGAUAGCGGUGGCGCCUCCUCAUCUCAGCCGCCGGAGCAGGUGGUUUAUCAAGGAGUUUAUGGCCCUUGGACGAUUGAGCCUGCCGAUGUUCAAGAGGUGAUACUGUACAGAUCAGGUCUAGUCACUGCUGCGGCUUCAUUUGUCCUUGCAUCUUCUGCAGUUUAUCUACCUCACGAAUCCGAAAUUAGUGAUUUCAUUCGAAGGAAUAUCGAUCUCUUUUAUGCAACUGGAGCUUUUGGGUUGGGAUUGUCCCUGUACCUCAUUCACAUUUAUGUGACUGAGAUCAAGCGCACACUUCAAGCACUUUGGGUCCUUGGUGCAUUAGGAUCUUUGGCUACCUAUGCAAACUUUGCCCAACCGGCUGGAAAAGAGCUGGUUAACUAUGUCAUUGAAAAUCCUAUGGCUACCUGGUUUGUUGGUCCGCUCUUUGCUGCCCUCACUGGACUUGUCUUCAAGGAAGGUCUUUGCUAUGGCAAGCUGGAGGCGGGUAUCCUCACAUUCAUAAUUCCUACUGUUCUGCUUGGACACUUGACAGGUCUAAUGGAUGAAGGAACAAAAACAAAUCUGCUUGUUGUGUGGAUGGCACUCUUUGUAGUAUUUGCAGGAAGGAAAUUCUUUCAACCGAUUAAGGAUGAUAUUGGAGACAAGUCGGUGUUCAUGUUCAACAGUUUAACAGAAGCAGGGAAAAAAGCCCUCAUCAAUAAACUGGAGCAGCAGCAGCAGAUGAACUGA